UUACACGGUUGCGUUUUACAGGUCUACUGACGCCAGCAGUUUCGUUAGGUGACGUCAUCAGGUUUUCAACAGGGAGAAAAUAAAGUUUCCAUCUAACGGUUCAGAUUUGUUUUCGUGUUAAUCCAAUGGUGAUAGUUUCUGUCUUCGCAAAACCUUUUGAUGUUAAUGGGAGAUUAAUCCUCUGUUCACCAACUUCUUCAUUCCCUUCUAAUAAUAAAUAAACAAACAUGCCAUUUCUAAUUUUCUACAUCCUCUGCCACUUCUCCGUGUUGCCUUUUUCUUCCCGAUGUUUCAGACCAAUCUGAAGAUCGCUCGAGUUCAUCGUUCACUUUGGUCGGUUUUGACUUUUUGACUGGUUCGAACUUCAACUUGUUGUCCUUUCACAAGUACACGUUCUUUCCGAUCUAAUCUGCUCUCUAUACACCCAAGUUUGGUCAACGAUGGAGUCAACAAAGGUGUGCAUGAACGCACAGUGUGGAUCUACCUCCACGUCGGGGGAGUGGAAGAGAGGCUGGUCGAUGCGAUCGGGCGAAUUGGCCUCUCUCUGCGAUAAGUGUGGGUCUGCAUACGAGCAGUCCAUUUUCUGCCAAGUGUUCCACGCAGAGGAGUCUGGUUGGAGAGAGUGUAAUUCAUGUGACAAGCGUCUUCACUGUGGAUGCAUUGCUUCUAGAUUCAUGAUGGAGCUUGUGGAUAAUGGUGGUGUUACAUGUAUAACCUGCGCCAAAAAAUCCGGACUAUUCUCUAUGAAUGUCGAAUCCAACGGUAGGGAGUUCCCUACAUUUGCUUCAGCAGAGCAUGUAAGCAGCGUUCUCGAGAGGACAAACCUGAACCACUUGCUUCAUUUCCAAAGAAUCUCCCCCACACAACCUUUCCUUCAGAUGAAACAAGAGGAAUCUCUCCUUCCCGCAAGACUAGAAGCUCUCAGACACAACACUGAGAAGAAAGAAUCUGCACAGCCAAACUUGAGCAUUUCUCUUGGACCUACUCUUAUGACAAGUCAAUUUCAUGAUGUGGACGACAGAAGCAAGACUACUCCUAUUUUCCAACUCGCCUCUCGGUCUAGACAACUCCUUCCAAAACCUGCGAACUCAGCUCCCACUACUGCUCCUCCCAUGGAGCCUAACGGGAGCCUCGUGUCGCAGAUUCACGUCGCUAGGCCUCCUCCAGAAGGUCGAGGCAAGACUCAGUUGCUUCCUCGUUAUUGGCCUAGGAUCACUGAUCAGGAGUUGCAGCAAUUAUCUGGACAGUAUCCUCAUCUCUCAAACUCGAAAAUUAUACCACUCUUUGAAAAAGUUCUGAGUGCAAGUGAUGCUGGUCGGAUUGGUCGACUGGUUCUUCCUAAAGCAUGUGCAGAGGCAUAUUUUCCACCGAUCUCUCAACCUGAGGGCCUCCCGUUAAAGAUACAAGACAUAAAAGGGAAAGAAUGGGUGUUCCAGUUCAGGUUUUGGCCUAAUAAUAACAGCAGGAUGUAUGUUUUGGAGGGUGUGACUCCUUGCAUACAGUCAAUGCAGUUGCAAGCUGGUGAUACUGUAACGUUCAGCCGCACGGAACCUGAAGGAAAACUCGUAAUGGGAUACCGUAAAGCCACAAACUCUACAGCAGCACAGAUGUUCAAGGGAAGCAGUGAACCCAAUCUGAACAUGUUUUCCAACAACUUGAGUUCGGGAUGUGGUGACAUCAACUGGUCUAAACUUGACAAGUCUGACGACAUGUCAAAGGACGGCUUAAUGCUUCAGCCGUCGCUAAUCUCUGCUAGGAAACGUGUUCGAAAUAUUGGCACUAAGAGCAAGCGACUGCUCAUUGAUAGCGUAGAUGUUCUGGAACUGAGAUUAACCUGGGAGGAGGCGCAGGAACUGCUGCGGCCUCCUCAGUCUGCUAAACCGAGCAUCUGUACAGUGGAAGAUCACGAUUUUGAAGAAUAUGAUGAACCACCAGUUUUCGGGAAGAGGACCGUGUUUGUGUCACGUCAAACAGGGGAACAAGAGCAAUGGGUUCAGUGUGAUGCUUGUGCUAAAUGGCGACGGCUUCCUGUGGAUACUCUUCUUCCACCAAAAUGGUUGUGCUCUGAUAAUGUCUUGGAUCCUAGCAGGUCUUCAUGUUCUGCACCUGAUGAACUCACCCCAAGAGAACAGGAUACACUUCUCCGGCUAAGCAAAGAGUUCAAAAGGAGGAGACUGGCAUCAUCAAACCAGGAGGCGGCCUCUGCUCUAGACACUUUAGCAAAUGCAGCCAUCACCACCACAGGUGAACAAGGAGAAACCGAGGUUGCAGCCACGACCAAGCACCCAAGACACCGAGCUGGCUGUUCGUGCAUUGUCUGCAGCCAGCCGCCGAGUGGGAAAGGCAAACACAAGCCGUCGUGCACUUGCACCGUGUGCGAGGCGGUGAAGAGGCGGUUCAAGACGCUCAUGAUGCGGAAGCGGAACAGGGGAGAAACAGGACAGGCAAGCCAGCAGGCGCAGUCAGAUCAGUGCAGAGAGGAGACAGAAGCUGAGAGCAUUCCAGCGGUUGAACUGCCAGCGGCAGGGGGGAACAUUGACUUAAACUCAGACCCAGCUUCCAGAGUGAGCAUGAUGAGUCUUCUGCAAGCUGCAACGUUUCCUCUGGAGGUGUAUCUGAAACAGAAAGGUGUUCCAAAUACAGCGGGAGAACAGCAAAGCAGUGAUAUAGUAAGCACAGAGAACGGUUCGUCCUCAGCCGCACAAGAACAUGACAGAGACACAAGCGGAGCUCCUGAGGCAUUGAACUAACUUACUAGCCCCCUUUGGAAUCCUCCUUGAGUAUUUAUUCUUCAGAGGUGUGUUUAUUAAUGUAUACAACCUUUCUUCAGUUUCAAAUUGGUAGAGUGGUUAAGACUAUUCUGCCAAUUGUUUUAUUUUUCUUCUUGGUUUGGUUGGUGUGUGGUGAGGCUUGAGAGAGAGAGAGAGAGAGAGAGGAAUAUUGGUGAGGUUUUUGGAAAUAUAUAAGACAGCCAACAUAAUCUUGACAGAUUGUAAUAUAUAUAUGUGGUUCGAAAAAUGAUAUUUUUGAUGCAAA